GAUGAGUAGCGACUAGCGAGUAAAAUAACCUUUAGGUACCUUUCAUUUUUCAAUACAUUUAACAGAAUCAAAGCUUAAACCAUUUUGAUGUAUCGACGCUUCCUUUACAAAUUUUGUCUAGUUACGUGGUUUGGUUUAUAAAUCUCAAUACAAAAGUCAACUUGUAUACUUUUUAGUAUCAUAAUAUUUUAAUUAACAGAAUUUAAGAUGGCUAAUCAGUGGGGCCAGAAAGCCGAAGAGUUGGAAAUCUCCAACAAAGUAGCUGGUCUUGGUUUGAAUAAGAAAUCUAGUGAUAAGUCAGAUGAAGAAAGCAUCGAUGCCGCAAAUCCAGCAGAAACUUCCUUGCUUAUGAAGAUAAUACGACAAGGAUUAGUUGAAUCAAAACUAGAUAUAGAGAUUCAAAGGAAAGAUCCGAAUUCACCUCUGUAUUCAGUAAAAACUUUUGAAGCUUUACAUUUAAAACCAAAUUUGUUGAAGGGUGUGUAUGCAAUGGGCUUUAAUGCUCCAUCGAAAAUUCAAGAGACAGCUCUUCCAACACUUUUGGCGGAUCCACCCCAAAAUAUGAUUGCACAAUCUCAAUCUGGAACAGGUAAAACUGCUGCUUUUGUCUUGGCAAUGUUAAGUAGAGUUGACCCUACACAUAAAUACCCACAAGUUCUCUGUUUGAGUCCAACAUAUGAACUAGCCAUACAAACUGGUGAAGUGGCAGCAAAAAUGGCAAAAUUCUGUCCAGAAAUCAAAUUGAAGUAUGCUGUGAGAGGAGAGGAAGUUCCAAAAGGCACUAAAAUAACAGACCAUAUACUAAUAGGCACACCAGGAAAAAUGCUUGAUUGGGGUGUUAAAUUUGGAAUGUUUGACCUGAAUAAAAUUAAAGUAUUUGUGUUAGAUGAAGCUGAUGUAAUGAUAGAUCGUCAGGGACAUCAAGAUCAAUGUAUUAGAAUUCACAAAUGUUUACCUUCAACAUGUCAAAUGAUGUUCUUCUCUGCAACUUAUGACAGUAAAGUUAUGGAGUUUGCCGAAGUUAUAGUGCCUAACCCUAUUAUUAUACGACUUCUUCGUGAAGAGGAAUCUUUGGAUAAUAUUAAACAAUAUUAUGUUAAAUGUAAGAGCCCCGAGGAUAAAUAUAGAGCUAUUUGUAAUAUCUAUGGAGUUAUAACAAUUGGUCAAGCUAUAAUAUUUUGUCACACAAGGAAAACAGCUAGUUGGCUAUCUGAAAAGAUGUCUAGAGAUGGACAUUCUGUUGCAGUUUUGUCUGGUGAAUUAACAGUAGAACAAAGAAUUGCUGUACUUGAUAGAUUCAGAGGUGGACUCGAAAAAGUAUUGAUUACAACCAAUGUGUUAUCUCGUGGAAUUGACAUUGAACAGGUUACUUUAGUGGUAAACUUUGAUAUGCCAGUGGAUGUUAAUAAAAAAGCUGACUGUGAAACUUACUUACAUAGAAUUGGACGUACCGGACGAUUUGGUAAAGCUGGAAUAGCUAUCAAUUUGAUUGAUUCUCCACAAGCAAUGGAAGUUUGCUUGGACAUAGAAGCUCAUUUUGGAAAGAAAAUUCACUUGCUGGACAUUGAAGAUGCAGAAGAAAUUGAGAAGAUUGGUGCUUAGCUUCACAUUAACAUGCAUGACAUAGUUCAUUUUUUUUUUAUUGUUGCACUUAAUUAUAAGCAUAUUAUUAAGCAAUAAAACCUCGUUAUUUUGAUUAUAA